GCAUGAGAUUAAAUCUCGAAUAAACAUUUGCAUAGUAGUAACGAUAUCGCUCUUCGUUGAAUCCUCUUGUGAUGUUGUAAAUCUACAUACUUUCUCUGGAUAAUGCCAUAAAGAAGGAAUAUUCAAUGAAAAAUGGCAAAAAAUGGAUUCAUUGGCAACGUAACAAACAAGUCGCUCAAUGAAAAAUGUCAUUUAUUGUCACUUGAUAACCUUUCGGAUAUCACUCAAUCAAUUUUGAUGCUUAUAUGCUUUUAGCCAAGACACGGCAUUCAGAAAAGACGUUGACAACAGCGCUGUACAGCGAUUGUCAGACGAACUAUCAAACUCAUUGCUGCUAGUACAAAUUUGUGCCAUUUUAAAAUGCCAUGAACUUGGCUACUUUGCCCAAGCUGACUGUUUUUUUUAUUUUGAAUUCUUUGUUCUACUCUUUCUCAAACUUUUUGAAUUCAUGGAACCAUUGUUGAGAUUAUAGUCUUUUUGUCGAAUUUUUUAAUAUUUAAGAAUUGAAAAUAGCUUUUUAACAUUUGCGAUAAAUAGUGAAUAUGUGAAAAAAUUCUUAAAUAUUUUUUUUACAAAGUCUAGAUAUAAAUGACUCAGGUCGAUAAAUCUGAAUGAAACAGGGUGUUCUUUCGAUCGUGGUUAAUAAAUUUGACCGUUUCCCUUUGAUUUUAUUGAAUUCGUGAUGAGAAUUUGAAUUUUGCGGUUAUCAUUAGGCAUCCAUGAUGGUCGCUGAUAUGACAGAUCGAUCUGUCAGCGGUCCUUGUUUGGUUCGUUUACAUCUAAAGCGGUGGUAUUUUUAUGUUUCUUUCCAUUUUUCGGUUUGUUUUUUUUUCUGGUGUGAUUCAAAACAAAAAUGUCAGAUCGUUUUGCUAUUCUAAAAAUUCGUGAUUCCAAUGGAAACGAUCGUUUAUCGUCCGUUAGAUUAAGUCCCGAUGAAGAUGUCGUGAGUUUGUUGAGCGUUGACGGUACACAUUUGUGGGGCGAACCAAUUUUCAGCCGACCACAGAAUGCUGGUUCGAAUUUAAUGAUUAAUGCACAUUUGAAUGCCAAUCCGAAUUUGUCUGAUGCUGUAGCUGGACUUAGUGAUACUUCGAGUGCUGAUUUGGGUACCAAGACAGCCAAUGACUCAGAUCGUAUUGUGAAGCGUCGAAAACGGGGAUGCGGUAUUGAUCUAGAUCCAAAUUUAAUUGGAACUGGCCGGCCAAUUCGAAGCGGUGAACGGAAUCCGGCAGAAACGAUGAGGAAAAUUACGAAAGAAUACAAUAAGCGUAAUCUGAUGGCUGAAAUGGAAUCUUUGAAGUUAUAUCAACGUAAGAAAGAACGAGCUGCCAUACGGGCGAUUUCCCGAAAUGUAGAUGCUAGUGAUGGGGCGAGUACACCUGAAAUUAGUGAUCAUGUCGGAGUCUGUACAUCUCUCAGUCCGAAAAUAGAAAUAGAAGAAGAUAUCUGGUACAGUUACUGAAUCGGCUAGUUCGUCUUGGCGUUUAAAAAGAAAGAUCAAGGCGACAAAGUAAG